AAACAAACAGAGCACGCUCAGUGCGUGUAAGUGGUGUGAUUUAAUUGACAUUUUUCACACACGGCCAUUAAAGUGAAUGAGAAUGGAUCACGAGUGAACUUGCUCCACUGUCUAUAAAUGAACGUUAGUAACUGCGUCUGAGAUAUAAAUGAAUCUGCUGUUAAUAUCGAAGCAUUUGGCGAGUACAAAUAUUACCGUGCGAGCCUACAUUUACUUACGAGGUUUACAAAAAGUCAAAUUACUACUACUGUAUACGAGAAUUACUGUCGUCGGUAAUAAACUAUUUUCUGAAAAUCCGAUUUGAACAGUCAUCUGUUAAUUAAUUAAUUUAUCCUACUUUGAGUACACUACAAAACAUAACAAAGGAUCUUGAACAAUAAAUAAAUGUCAGGAAAUUUCGACCGAAAUCAAAGAAGUCGACCAAGGUUUUUUGGAAUCCAAGAUUAUGAUGAUAAUGAUGUUUUCCAAUCGAAUGAUGAUAACGGGAAUGGCGGCAGAUUUACGAAUACCUCUACAACGACAAGUGGUUACAGUAGUUGUUUUACGAGUAUUACUACUAAUGAUAAUGAUAGUCAAACAAUAUUUCAAUUUGAUGAAAUGUUUGGACAAAACACCUGUCAAGAUGUUGAUCAAUGUUGGGGUAGUAAUUUAUCUGACAGUCCUCCAUUAGGCCGUCCACGAAGAGCAAAUCCCAAACCGUUAACAGGUCGAUAUGAAGUGGAAUUUCCAGGUAUAUUCGUUGAAGGAUUUCGUGGGGGUCAUGUGAAAUUUAAUAUACCUGGAGUAUUACAGGGUUCUCUGAAACCUACCGACUCAAUGAUAGUGAAAAUCAACGUACCAAGUCCUGAACAAUUCCAUCUAUCUGAAGUGUAUGGUCAGUCUUCAUUUGGGAAUUCUACUCAAACAGAAGGAGUUUCUCAGAAUAGAGGAACUUCUACUGUAAGUACAAGUCGUUUUGCUACUUCGUGUUUCGAACAAAAUACACAUCAGACAAUGUCGGAUCAUUGUAGCACUACAAUGCCUUAUACUUCAGAUAUACUUUCAAACCUCCGUUCUAAUCAUCCAAAUCCUAGUGAUUCAUAUCAGUUAAAUUCUACGGAUACUAAUAAAUCUGAUGCCCAUCUAUUACGUUGUGGUACUACUACUGAAUGUUCCACCAUUUCAUCAAAUCUUUGUUCUUCCAGUCGUUUCCCUAGUGUUUAUGAAAGAAUCUCUACAGAUUCCGGUCUACCAUCAAAUUAUUUAAUUCGUCCAGUAAUUUCUGGUCAUAGAAAAAUCGUCGAAGAAGACAAUAAUGACAGAGGUGGUUUUGAUAUUGGUGGCGGAGAGCGAAAUCCAUUUAACUUUAAUAAUGAAAAUAAUCAGCUAUCUCGUUUCGGACAAUUCGGUACUUAAUGAAAGAUUAUUGUUAUUAUUAUUACCAUUAUUAUUAUUACUUUUUGUCCAAUUAAAAUUUAUCUUGUAAACAAUGCAUUUUUUCCAAGUGUUAUUUUUUCUAUUUUGUAUACUUAUUGUACUGUUUAUGACUAUUAUUAUUAUUAUUACUAUUAUUAAUAUUGUCACCCUUCCUUACCCCGUUGAUUAUUGGUACCAAACCGUUACACUUUUCAGUCACUACACACUACUCUCAUCACUGUGAGUGAAUUCAACUUAGUCUUAUUUUGUAUUUGGAGUUAGAAUUCUUUUUAUUUGAAAAACUCCAGCUCAUCAAGGAACUAGUUAAUUUUUCUAUACUCAGGUAUAUGUAGCUUACACUAUAUAGAUAUAUAUUUAUUGGUUUCUAUUUGUGAUUAUAAAUGUAUGUAUAUUUUUCUAUCUCUCUUCCUCUCAUUUGUGAUGAUGUUUAGGAGAGAAAAGAGAACCGUAUUUCGAUCUCAUUGUAAACUGUGCCUUUGUUGGAAUUUUACUUGUUUUCUUUUUACCUUAUGUCAUUCACUUAUUCGUAUCGUAUCCCGAUAUAUGCAGUAAUAAUAAAGGUCUUAUAUUUGUAUACUACACCUUCUCUCCAUUAUCCAAUGCCUCGAUAAACUAGAAAAGUUUAAAAGUUUUUGUACUGCCUUAUUAUUAUUACUAUUAUUAUUCUUGUUUCUUUGUCACUGCUGCUUUUUUUAUCCUGACGAAACAAAAGAUGUGACGAUGUAUUUCUGACUGGCAACACUAUUAUUAUUAUUUCUAUAAGCUAUUUUUCUGAUUUUCGUGUUUGUUUAUGUGUAUAACUAACUGCUUAAGUACAAAAAACAUAGUUUGACAACAUGGAAAAUAUUGUUUAUAAAAUUUACCCAUAUUACUAGUAUAUUAUUCUUCAUUUUUCAUAACCUAAUUACAUUCCAUUAUCAUUAUCCGUAUUAUUACAACUAUUACGACUAUUAUUAUGAAUUUUUGUUUGGCGGUGUUACAAAUUGUUCGAAGUGGGAAACAAUAAAAUUUGAAAAGCAAAAAAUGUUACCUACUUU